CUCGAAUCCAAAACAUUUCAAAAUCAUCUGAGUCUCUUCGAAGAUUGCUGGAGCACGAUUGUUCUGCAAAAGAAAUGCUUCCGAAUUGACUGGUGGAAAAAGGGUGUGAGCUACAAUAUGGACGGUGAAAUGCAGAUCGAGGAGCUGGAAAGCGACAUCCGAACGUUGCGAAAGCAGCUCAAAGCGAAGGUUCAACAGCUGAAGACCUUGAAAAAACAUUUUCAGAAAAACUGCAUCAACAAGCUGAACAACAAUGAAAUCGCCCGCUACAGCCGUCAGAUCAUUCUGUCCGAAAUCGGCGUCCAGGGUCAGCUGAAGCUGAAGAGAGCAUCCGUGUUGGUGGUCGGUGCCGGUGGGUUGGGAUGUCCAUCGUCUCUCUACCUAGCCGGGGCGGGAAUCGGUCGGAUAGGAAUCCUGGACUACGAUGCCGUCGAGCUGACCAACCUUCACCGGCAGCUGUUGCACACGGAAUCGACCGUGGGGCUGACGAAAGUGGACUCGGUGCAGGCCUACCUGGAAGAACUGAACUCGCAGAUCGAGGUCACUACACAUCACACUCAGCUGAUGAGCGACAAUGCUCUGGAGAUCAUCGGUGCGUACGACAUCGUCGUUGAUGCCACCGAUAAUGUGGCCACCAGAUAUCUGCUGAACGAUGCUUGCGUCCUUCUAAAGAAACCCCUGGUUUCUGGCAGUGCCUUACAGCUGGAAGGACAGCUGACGGUUUACAACUUCAACAGUGGUCCCUGUUAUCGUUGUCUAUUUCCAAAUCCACCGCCACCGGAAACGGUUACCAACUGCGGCGAUGGCGGAGUCCUUGGCGCAAUCACCGGAGUCAUCGGAGCCCUGCAAGCUUUAGAAACCAUCAAAAUCAUUCUCGGCAACACGGGAGUACUUUCCGGGCGCCUGUUACUCUUCGAUGGUCAUCAGAGCACGUUCCGAAAUUUAAAGCUUCGAUCGAAAAAAGCAGACUGUGUCGUAUGCUCGGAUAAUGCCUCGCUCACCAAAUUGAUCGAUUACGAACAGUUUUGCAGCAUGAAGGCCACCGAUAAGGACUCGCAUUUGAAAUUGCUGGCACCACAUGAACGCAUUUCGGUGCAAGAGUACAAAGAGCUGGCGGAUAACAACGUGCGCCACCUGCUGAUAGACGUUCGCGGUGCGAAUCAGUUCGAAAUUUGCCAGCUUCCGACGUCGAUCAACAUUCCCAUCGAUGACAUUCUAAAGGACCGACGAACCUCGGAGUUGGCUCAGAUGGCGGCUUCCGGUAGCGUGCCCGUUUUUGUGGUGUGUCGUCGGGGUAACGAUUCGCAGCUAGCGGUGCGUCAUUUGGUGCCACUGUUUCAGGAUCAGGGCUUGGAACCACCGCGGGACAUUUCCGGUGGAUUGCACGCAUGGACACACCAUAUCGAUUCGGAGUUUCCGAUCUAUUGAUUCAAUAGACAUUGUACAGCGAUAA